AUGCACUUGUUCUUACUUUCCAAAACAUAUGCUGUCCCUUCCCAAGCCAAGCCCUGCUUUAAGGCCACUCCUGCUGGUGAUCAUGCCGAGGCGCUGCAGGCUGGAAAUACUCAGCCAGACGCAAAGGCACCUGAGGCGGAGGAAGCGGAUGUCAAUGGGGAAGAGCCAGCAGUGCUUCAUGUGGCAACCCUUUCCCGCUAUGAAAAGGAGAAGGUCAGGCGCAUUGUUUGCCCCAAACAAAAUACUGGUAGGCUGGAGGUACCGGAUGAUGUGCACCAGCUGUGGAACACACCACAAGGGAAAGAAAAGUUGUUCUCGCUUUGGUGCAAGAGUGGCGGAGUUAAGGCUAUCUUUCUCGAACGGGUGGAAAUCUUAAGUGUGACAACGAAAAGCAAGAAGAUUGAAGUCCAGGGUGGCUUUUACUCAGAAGAGGAUAUGAAGUCUGAGCUUGGGUAUUCGGAGGACCGCAUCGAGAAGAUCAAAAAGUGGGCCAUUGCAAAGCAGCUUGUGAGGCUUUGCGAAUAUGAUGAAGAUACUUUGGAGUAUUGGGUGAAUGUGAGAACAUCUGGCACCCUAUCCCGUGAAGAUUUGCUCACGUUGUCGAAGUCUCGUACCCAUGAACAAGAGACCACUGCAGAUGCUUUUGCACAUGAGCAAGUGGAUUUGAGUGUUGGUGGGUUUCCCGAUUUGGGUGGUGCUGAGCCUGCUCUUGCCACGGAAGGGGACAAGAGCCUAGGGGUGAAACAAAAGCUUGCGAUGUACUUGAAGAAUGGGUUGAAGGCCAAAAAUUCAGUCAGCACCGUGGCUGACAAGAUCCGAGCCUUGGCAUUGGAAGACCAAUCUUGCAAGGCGACAGUUGCGAAGCUACAUGACAACGCAAAGACCAUCGAACAGAUCUAUGAACAGUUGGCGGAAUACCAGGCUGAAGGAGAAACCACUGGCUUCAACAAAGAGUUGAGCGAGAAGAUCGAUGCUGAGUUCCUCAAGAUGACGCGCUUUGAGUUAAGCCAGACGGUCGUGCACAUUGCAAAGAUCUAUGGAAAAGGCGCUCCUGCAGCUGAUUGCGUUGAGGAAGCACAGUCCGCUUCAGUGAAGGAUGAUUGCCCAGUCCUGCGUCGCAUCGCCAGUGCAAGGGUGGCAGAUCCUGAUGAACCUUUGUUCAAAGCCUUGAAAGAUUGCGGGCACGCCCUUGAUGUGCCAGUUACAACUUUGAAGCUGGACAACACCUUUGAAUACCCAUGCCUUCACCCACGGGACCUUCUGUUUGCUUUUGCCAAUGCAGGGUUUACUCACCGGAUAUUUGGGGUGGAGGGGCCACUUGAAAGUGUAGAGAAAAGCUUAGCUGAUUUCUGGAGAAGAUUUAGGCUUGCAAAUCCAACCCACGAUUUGAGUCAGCUUGGAGAAACAGAUCAAAAUUGGUCCAGACUUCUACCUUUUUACCUUCAUGGUGAUGGUGGUAGAACCUACAAAAAGGAUCCUAUUUUAGUGCUGAGCAUGUACAGUGCAUUGGGAAGAGGAACGGCAAAAAGACCGGCCUCAACGCAGCUUGGUCGCCAUGCGAAGCGAAAGCACGACGAUGAUUCUUCCGCAGAAGAGGGCAUCGAAUGUGGUCAUCUCGCUGACUUGUACACUUCGGGCUUGGAGCUCGAUGGCCACACAUGGAAAGUGGCUAUAUUGGGCUUGACUGGUGAUGCUCCUUUCCUUCGUGAAACUGGAUUCCACAACCGGAGUUUUUCCAAUGUCAAAAAGUCUCAUUCUUCCAAAUCCCUGUGCAAGGGGGUUUGCUGGCUGUGCGCUGCUGGCAUAUCAAAUGGACCACCAUUUGAAGAUGUGCGGGUUACUGAUGCCCAGUGGUUGGAAACUAUUGGGCCUAACAACCCUUUACCGUGGGAUCGUCCAGGGCCGCUUUUGGCAUACUUACCAGUGGAUCAAGAAGAUCUAGCUUCCUUCUACAGGCCUGACUUGUUUCACAUUUUGCAUGCUGGUGUCGGCAAGGAUUUUGCUGCCAGUUGCAUCAUCUAUUUCUGUGCUAAGACGUUCAAGUCGUCCCGAAUUGGUUUGGCGUUGGAUCAUGUCAAUCUCCUUUUCCGAAAUUUUCUUGCCACAGAAAAAGAACGUGUCAAUUUUAGCAACAUCACAUUUGAACUCUUGGGCUACGAAAGCAGCAGAACAUACCCUAUGGGACACUGGUCCAAAAAUUUGGAUACUGCUGUAAUGAUCAAGUUUGUGGAGCACGUGGCAGCCAACAAUUUGGAUCCUGGAGAUCCUGUUAUGCAGCUCAUAGUGCAGGGAAGCAGCGCUAUAAACCACUUUAUGCGUGUGUUGCUUUCUGCUCCCUAUUGGCUAUGUGAGUCUGAAGCUUGGCAGGCCAUCUUUGCGGGGCAGGAAUUUUUGUCAGCUUUUGCUGGAUUGGCACAGGCUUGCUAUCAUCAGAAGCUAUGCUUGUUCAAGCUCAAACCAAAACUGCAUAUGUUUGCCCAUAUCGUUUUUAGGAUGCUGCAACAAUUUCGAUGUGACACUGGCUGCACAACAAACCCAGUGGCAGAAGCCACAUUCAUGAGCGAGGAUUUUGUUGGCCACGUCUCAAGAUUAAGCAGGCGCGUCAAUGCCAGGAGGCAUGGCCACAAAAUAUACAACCGCUAUUGCGUUGCAGUUUGCCAGAAGCUGCGAGCGGGGGACGCUGUGAAGAAAUCGCAAAGAAAAUAUGCGCGUGAUCAAGGUUUAUUCUGA